AUGCUUGCCGCCAGAGCAGCGAGAGCUCUCCCUCGAGGAGGCGCCGCCCGUCUAUGGAACCAAACCUCGGUUCGAUCGUCCUUGAGCUCCGUCUAUGCCAGGCAUCAGUCGACAGACCAGAAGGUUACCGGUGCCGUCGUUGGUAUCGAUCUCGGCACAACCAACUCUGCCGUCUGUAUCAUGGAGGGAAAGGUCCCAAAGAUUAUUGAAAACUCCGAGGGUUCGAGGACAACGCCAUCCGUUGUUGGUUUCACUUCCGACGGUGAGCGAUUAGUUGGUAUUUCCGCUAAGCGUCAGAGCAUUGUCAACUCUGAUGCCACCGUAUUUGCCACCAAGCGUCUCAUCGGAAGAAAGUUCACGGAUGCUGAAGUCCAGAAGGAUAUCAAGGAAGUCCCCUUCAAGAUCGUCCAGCACACCAACGGAGAUGCCUGGGUUGAGGCCCGUGGCGAAAAGUACAGUCCUUCGCAGAUUGGUGGUUUCGUCCUCGGAAAGAUGAAGGAAACUGCUGAGGGUUACCUUAGCAAGCCCGUUAAGAAUGCCGUUGUCACUGUCCCAGCUUACUUCAACGAUUCCCAGCGUCAAGCUACCAAGGAUGCCGGGCAGAUUGCCGGUUUGAACGUUCUUCGUGUUGUUAACGAGCCCACCGCUGCUGCUUUGGCCUAUGGUCUUGAUAAGGAUGCCGACAAAAUCAUUGCCGUCUAUGAUCUUGGUGGCGGUACAUUCGAUGUCUCCAUUCUCGAGAUCCAAAAGGGUGUCUUUGAAGUCAAGUCUACCAACGGCGACACCCAUCUCGGUGGUGAGGACUUCGAUAUCACUCUUGUCCGCCACUUGGUUGAGCAGUUCAAGAAGGAGCAGGGCAUUGAUCUGUCCAAAGAUCGCAUGGCUAUCCAGAGAAUUCGUGAGGCCUCUGAAAAGGCUAAAAUCGAAUUGUCCUCCAGCGCUUCCACUGAUAUCAACCUUCCUUUCAUCACUGCUGAUGCCUCCGGUCCAAAGCACAUCAACACCAAGCUUUCCCGGGCUCAAUUCGAGAACCUUGUCGGCCCAUUAGUCACCAAGACCAUCGAUCCAGUCCGAAAGGCUCUCAAGGAUGCCGGCCUUCAAGCCAAGGAAAUUCAAGAAGUCAUCCUCGUUGGUGGUAUGACCCGUAUGCCAAAGGUCAUCGAGACUGUCAAGAGCUUGUUCGGCCGUGAUCCUGCCAAGUCCGUCAACCCUGACGAAGCUGUUGCCAUCGGUGCUGCCAUCCAGGGUGCAGUCCUCGCUGGAGAAGUUACCGAUCUCUUGUUGCUCGAUGUCACCCCAUUGUCCCUUGGUAUUGAAACCCUUGGAGGCGUCUUUACUCGUUUGAUCAACCGAAACACCACCAUCCCUACCAAGAAGUCCCAAGUCUUCUCUACUGCUGCCGAUUUCCAAACCGCCGUCGAGAUCAAGGUUUACCAGGGAGAGCGUGAGCUCGUCCGUGAUAACAAGCUCUUGGGCAACUUCCAGUUGGUUGGAAUCCCGCCAGCCCAUCGUGGUGUUCCACAGAUCGAGGUUACUUUCGACAUCGAUGCCGACUCCAUUGUUCAUGUUCACGCCAAGGAUAAGUCCACUAACAAGGACCAGUCCAUCACCAUUGCUUCCGGUUCCGGUUUGAGCGACAGCGAAAUCCAGUCCAUGGUUGACGAUGCUGAGCGAUAUGCCGAGACCGACAAAGCCCGCAAGCACCUCAUUGAGACUGCUAAUCGCGCCGACAGCUUCAUCAACGAUACCGAGAAGGCCAUGAAGGAGUUUGAAGACAGGAUCGACAAGGCUGAAGCUGAGAAGAUCAAGGAGAAGAUCACUUCUCUCCGUGAAUUGGUUGGCCAAUCCCAAGGUGGAGAGAGCACCGUUACCGGUGAGGAACUCAAGGCCAAGAUGGACGAACUCCAGAUGGCUAGCUUGACCCUCUUCGACAAGAUGCACCAAGCCGCCCGGGAGAAGGAUGCCCCAUCGGAAAGCAGCUCCAGCGAGUCUUCUGAGGGCCAGAACUCCAAUACUGGAUCUGGCGAACAGAAGCAGUAA